UUCCCGGAGCGUCCCCGAGGCGGCCCGUGAGCAGCAGUCGCUGCUGCUGGACGUGUCCCGCUGCCUCAGCGCCAAACUGUCCUCGCUGCAGGACUCCCAGCGGCACCUGCGGGGCCUGCAGCGCCAGGCGUCGGAGGCGCAGCAGCGGCUGCAGGUGGAGGUGAAAAUGGCCAUUCUGCAGGUCAUGAGGGAGCUCAACAAGCGCGGAAAGGUGCUCCUCGGGGAGGCCCAGAAGGUGACGGAGAAGGUGACGGAGGCGUGGCAGGAGGAGCUGGAGCGGCGGCUCCGGGCGCUGUCGGAGCUGCAGAAGCACCACGAGCUCGUCAUGUGCUUCGUGUCCCGGGCCAUGUUCACCUCCCGGGGCGCUGCCCUGCUGCUCUCCCACAGGCUG